AUGUCCGAUAUAGAGAAGGAAGACGCACCCCUCGUCGCUCAGGCUCCCAGCCUCGACCAGACCCGCCUCUCCGCUGCCACCAUCGCCAUAGACGGCCGCAACUUUGUCGAUGCGCAUGGACGUGUGCUUCACCUCAGAGGAGCCAAUGUAUCCGGUUCCGCCAAAGUGCCGAUUGCUCCCGCUCCUAAUAUUCAUGACCACGCCCAGGCAAGCUAUGUCGGAAGGCCGUUCCCUUUGGAGGACGCAGAUGAGCAUUGGCAAAGACUCAAAUCAUGGGGUCUCACGUUUGUACGGAUAACGGUCACGUGGGACGCCAUAGAGCACAAGGGCCGUGGUAUCUACGAUGAAGAGUACUUGGCUUACCUCCGAGCCCUCCUGAAGAGCAUGGAGCCUUAUGGGCUGGUCGCAUACAUUGCUAUACAUCAGGAUGUCUGGUCUCGAUACUCUGGCGGUUCUGGUGCUCCUGGGUGGACUCUUGAAUCUGCCGGCUUUGACCUUUCCAAUGAUGGCGAAGCCCUCGCUCUCUCUGGCGCUGCCUUUAUUGAUGGUAUCCGAGGCGGCAGGUUGAGCGGUGAACGAGGACUUUGGCCCACAGGCUAUCAAAAACUCGCCUGUGCCACCAUGAACACCUUAUUCUGGGGUGGUGAAACAUUUGCGCCUUCGUUCAAAGUUCCCACGCAGAUUGACGGGAAGUGGGUCUCACGCAACAUCCAGGCUCAUCUCCAAGAUGCAUUCCUCGAUGCUACCGCCCGGCUCGUCUCUGCCGUCGGAGACUUGGACUCUGUGAUGGGCUUUGAACUCCUGAACGAACCUCACCCUGGGUUCAUUGGUCUCUCAACGAUCCACGAAUGGGACUACAACACCGACCUUCACCUCGGCCAAUUCCCCUCCCCUCUUCAGUCCUUCUCUAUGGGUGCUGGCCAUCCCACCCCCAAGGUACCCAUCUACGUGAGGACGUUCCCCUUCCCCACCAAGAUCAGCAAGUACAUCACUGCCAACCCCGAGGGCGCUUCUGCCUGGAGCAAGAAGGAGUGUGUGUGGGAGAAGGAAGGGGUCUGGAGGUGGAGCGAAGUCAAGAAGGAGGCUACGCCUUUGCAAGAAGACUACUUUUCCAAAGACCGUGCUGGAAAGAAGAUUGACUUUUACCAAGACUUCUACUUUCCCUUUAUCAACAGGUGGGAAGCAGUCGUAUCCAAAAACACCCAGCGCACCAGGGGUCUCAAGGCGAGGAUGGUCGAGCCUCUCCCUAACGAAUUCUGUCCAGAAUGGGCAGAAGAGUCGAGGCCUCAAAACAUGGUCUAUGCGCCGCAUUGGUACGACCUCAACAUGCUUUUCAAAAAGCAGGCCGGGUUCAUGUCUGUCAACGUCCAGGGCCUCGCCAGGGGCAUGUUCCUCCCUAGGGCCUUGUACUUUGGGUUGGCAGCCAUCAAGGACAACUAUGCGCUGCAGAUCAAGAGCAUCGUCCUUGCUGCCAGACUCAAGCUCGGUCCCGUGCCCAUCAUCUUUGGCGAGUGCGGUGUGCCCAUGGAUCUCAAUGAGGAAGAAGCGUUCAGGACGGGUGAUUGGAAAUGGCAGGAGAGGUCGAUGGACGCUCUGAUCUCUGCACUCGAGGGCGCUCUCUUGGGAUUCAACCUCUGGACUUAUAACCCCUCCAACAGAGACGACAUUGGAGACGACUGGAACGCAGAGAACUUUUCCUGGUUUUCCCAGGACAACCGCUCCAAGCUGUUGAAGAAGGACGAAGAUGGAACAGAUUUGGAUGCCGGUGCACGAUUGCUCAAUGUCAUAGUUCGGCCAUACCCCAUCGCGACCGCCGGAUCUCCCACAUCCCUUUCUUACGACCCCUUCCACAAGGCCUUCUUUUACCGCUGGCGCUCCCCUAUCCGCACCUCUUCCUCCGCCCCAGAUCCGUCUGAAUACACAGAACUAUUCCUCCCUCGCCGCGUCUUUACCGAGUCCAAUCUCAAGUGGGCAGUCACAGCUGGCGGGAGGGUUGUCUUUGAUUGGGAGAACGAGCGAGCAUAUGUGUGGUUUGAAGAUUCUGCUGAAGUAGCCUUCAACGCCAAGGAACAGAUGAAGACGAGAAGGAUCGAUAUAUGGGUACCCGAGGCGGCUCCGAAAGAUGUCGGGGAGGUUUGGACUAUCAAAAAAUUUGCGAUUUUGGUCAUCAUCUUGGCCUUUGGUGCUUUGAUGGCGUAUAUUGCUCAGCAACACGAGUGGAGUAAGGACGAUGUCAUCUUUGGGCGAGUACAGAAAGACAAGUGA